GUACUAAAAUUAUAUAUAUUUGGGCCUAUCACUUUUGUCUAUUUAUUUUCUUUUAGCCCAUUUAUCCUUAUUCAAUUGGGCCACUUUUAAUAUAACCAUUUAUUAUAAUCCCUAUUGAGUUCCUGCAGCCAACAUAAAUCCCUUCUUCUAAACCCACGUUUUUUUUCCAUCAAUAUCUCCACCCACAAAUUUUUCUCCAACAAACAAAUCUAAUCUCGGCAUUAUAUAUCUCUCCCCACAACUGCAUCUUUUAUCAGCGGCGUUUCAUAAUUUCAGCACAGUUUCUUCCCUUCCAAUCAAAGUUUGAAACCAAGGAGAGCUGUGAUUUCAAUUUCCCUUGUUUGCUAGUAAACUUUGUCUUCCUUGAGGGUGAACUUGUGCACGUUGUUGCGGUUGGAACAAGAAAGUGUUGAGGAGUUAAGCAUUUGAGAAAACAACAAUUCAUACCAGAGUUGAGAGUUGAGCAGAGCAGAGCAGAGCAUAGCAAUUGGUGACUCAUGUCAGUAUCUUCUCAGACUCUGCGCUGCUGCUUCACCCCUCUCUCAUCCUCAUCUUCUUCCAAUCACCAAUGGCGUCGUGCUGCCUCCAUUCGCUGCUCUCCCUCACCCUCUCUGCAGGAGCCUCUAAUCCCCUCUCGAAUUGAGCUGCUUAAGCCUCUUCCGCCGUCGCCAGAUGAAGAUAACCCUAGCAAUUCCUCCGGAAUUCAGGUGCCAAGACACAGAUACAUCUCAGUUUCCAAAUCCGAAUUGCUAGACGCCAUUGUCUCCUCUAUGUUCCCCUCGCCGGAGGAAGCCACUCAAUUUCUCUCUCUCUCCCAAAGCUUGGAUUCAAUUCUUCACGCCGAACACAAAACCAUCUUAGAGGAAAUGAGAUGUUACUAUGAUGACCUCACUCUUUCCACCAAGACUAAUGCUGAUGAUUUUCCACCUGUGACGAAUGGAGAUAGUGAACAUGAAGGAGAUGAGACUGACUCCAAAUCCAACCUAUCAUUGCCCUUUGGUUUCACACUCGACUUCAAUUCACUCUUCGAUUUUUCUUCCAGUAAUGAUGAGAGGAAUUAUAUCAAGGCUUCCAGAACUGCCAUCCCAGGUCAUUUUCAACGCUCUUUGAUGAGGCUGCUCAAAAAUGCUGAGUUUGAAGAGUUGUCUCCCAGGGAUUUGAUGUUGACUUCUGCAUUAAAUACUGAUUAUCUCCUCACAUUGCCUAUUUAUGUUGACUGGAAAAGAGCAUCACUGUCCAGUGUUAUUGUAUUCAGGCGGGGAUACACAACUGAGAGGCAGAAGGGCCUGCUAAUUGCUGAAAAACUGGAUUACUUGCAAUCAAAGUUGUUGCAGAACAUCAUUUUUCUUAUUGCUAAACCAAUGGGGAGAUUAGGUGUCUGGUUGGAUGAGAUUAUCAAGAGCAUUAUACAGAUACAAGAUACAGGAGUUUUAGCCAAAAGAUUUAAGCGUUGGCUUGAUGACAUGUCUCUUUCCCUGAAGUCCUAUUCAUAUGAUGGAAAAAUAUUUGAUGAGCUUGAUGGAAUAGACAUCUUUUCCAGUGAGUUCCCAAUCUGGGUGACUGCACAGAAAGCGGUAACUCUUUAUGAAGGAAUUCUCUCUGAAUCUGGUCCACGUGAGAGGCUCUUGAGGAAGUUUCUAGCAUGGGUUGGCCUAGUACCAUCAAUUCCAGAGGAAGCAUUUGACCUUCACUUGGACAGUAGUAGUUCUGGAUCCAAUUUAAGCCCAAGUUUCCUACCAAGGAUAUCUCUCAGUGACAUAUGGAAACCUGCAUCCCCUAGAUAUUGUGGAAAUGAUUUCAGGAAGAUGUUAAGAACAGCCAUUUCAGUUCUGUUCUCACGAUCAAUUCUCCAGGAGCCAGCAUUCCAAGAAUUAAUCUUGCUAUAUACUGAGAACAAUGAAGACAGUGAAACUCCAGGUCAAGCUGAGGUGCCUUCAUUGCAAAUGAAAAUCUAUGAGAGAAUCCCUAUUCCAGAUUUACCGGUUGUUUUCCCUCACAAGCAGCUGUCUUUCCGCAUCCUUGAUGCGGUACGGUUGGAUGCUGCAACAAUAUUGGAUCUGCAAUAUUUUUGGAUGCAGUUGCAGCCACUGCAUUCGGGAUAUAUACGUUUCGUGUACUUUUGGGAUACAAACAAACAAGGGAUAGAUAUCAAGACGCUGUACGAGAAAACAGUAGCUAGCGGCUUUGGAUCUAUUCAUUUUCUUCUUGACGCUUCUGAGCAGCAGCAAUACAAAGAAGCCAUCUUGGUGUACGCAACCCUACUUACGGCAGAGAGCGACGAGGAAUUUGUUUGGAUGCAGGUGAAAAGCACCAAAGGCAUUGCCCAUAAAUGCGAGGCGUUCAUGUAUGAUGUUUUCCAAGAGAAGGUGGAAAUGGGAGUUGAGAAGGCUAUAGACACACUGUUGAGGUUGGGUUUAGUAGUAAAAAAUGGGGUCGACGAAGUAAACCCUAUUCCAUGCGCCACAGCUUCUAUCAUUCUCAGAAAUAGGUGGAAUACUCUUAUCAACUAACUGCCUACAAACAUGUAUUUCCACCACCACAAUAUUGUAAGUAUUCAUUUAUUACGGAAAUAGAACUCUAAUAUUGUAAGUAUUCAUUUAUUACGGAAAUAGAACUCUUUUACACGUAA